GUGUUGAGUGUUAUUGCACAGCAGCUACUGACCAUCAGAGUGGCUCUAUUGAACGACCAGUCAGAGUUUAUGUUCGAGGGCUUUAUGCUCAAACUCAAACCUACAUGUGGAGUCUUCAUUACGAUGAAUCCGGGAUACGCUGGUCGAACUGAGUUGCCCGACAACUUGAAGGUUCUCUUCCGCCCGAUGAGUAUGAUGGUUCCUGACUAUACACUCAUCGCUGAGAUCAUGCUCUUCGCAGAAGGUUUCAGCACUGCCAAGCGGCUUUCUGGCAAGUUCACGAAGCUGUAUAAGCUCUCUUCAGAGCAGCUGUCGAAACAAGACCACUACGACUUCGGCAUGCGAGCAGUGAAGUCGGUGUUGGUGAUGGCAGGCAGUCUGAAGCGUUCUGACCCUGACCUCAACGAGGACGUCCUAUUGAUUCGCGCUAUGAGGGACUCUAAUGUACCAAAGUUCUUGGCAGCUGAUCUACCGCUCUUCUACGCCAUCGUCGGAGAUCUUUUCCCCGGGGUAGAGGUCCCCUACAUCGACUAUGGCGUUUUGCGCGAGGCUGUGGAUCACUCUGUUGUUACUGAAGGACUACAGGUUGUCGAUGCACAGGCCAAGAAGGUUAUUCAACUGUAUGAGACCUUUAACGUCAGAUUUGGGGUUAUGCUCGUUGGGCCCACUACUGGUGGCAAGACGGUUAUCUAUCGUACGCUGGCAAAGGCUCUGAGCAAGCUUCGGGCUGAUGGGCAUCCUGAUGAAAACUACCAGAUGGUUCGCUACGAUGUCCUCAACCCGAAGUGCAUCACUAUGGGGGAACUCUAUGGUGAGUUCAACGAGCUCACGCAGGAGUGGACUGACGGCCUUGGCAGCUCUUUGAUGCGAGCUAACGUCGCUGAUGAGACGCAAGACUGGCGGUGGACAGUUUUCGAUGGUCCAGUGGAUGCUAUAUGGAUCGAAAGCAUGAACACUGUCCUUGAUGAUAAUAUGACCUUAUGUCUGGCUAAUGGUGAACGCAUUAAGCUGAAGCCUGAGAUGAGGAUGUUGUUCGAGGUCCAGGACCUGGCUGUGGCCUCGCCAGCAACUGUCUCGAGGUGUGGUAUGGUGUAUGUGGACCCACUCGACCUCGGCUGGCGACCGUUUGCCUAUACGUGGCUCUACAAUCAACUCCCAAAGGGCCCUCCUUAUAGCACUGCAGUAAGAGAGAAGAUAUGGGAGCUCAUGGAGAGGCAUCUAGAUCCAGCUGUGGCGUUCAUACGUCGGAAUUCGUCGGAACCCCUGACUACUGUCGACACCCAGUUGGUCUACUCCUUUUGUUUCCUAUUCGAAGCUGUCCUCUCCUGGGAAGCUGCGACACUGCAUGGUGCGGCUAGCUCUGACUGCGACCCUGAGAAAAACCCAAUGGUGGAUCUGCGCAAGUUGGACCCUGAGAACGAUGAGUCGGCCAAACUGUUGGAAAAGAUCAUCCUGAGUACCUUCUGUUUCGCGAUGGCAUGGUCUAUUGGAGGGUCCUGUGAUACUAAGAGUCGACAGAUGUUCGCCCAGUACUGCGAGCAGGAGUUCGAGUCGGUCUCCUUUCCUCGGGGCGGGAGCGUCUAUGAUGGUUAUGUUGAUUUUGCGAAGGGCAAUAGGUUUUUACCCUGGGAGGACCUAGUGCCCAAGUUCACAUAUAAGGCGACUGAUAGCUACCUCCAGCUGCUGGUACCAAACGUGGACAGUGUUCGCUUCUCAUUUGUUGUUGACAAGAUGCUGACUCAAGGGAAGAGC